GAAACAAAAUACAAAAUAAUUUACGAAUGCCGCGUUCAACACAACUGGGAACUCGAAAAUCUCCGACAUCAUUUUGUUCAAACAAAUCGGAACUCGGAAAAAAUACUAGCUCCGACCUGGAAUUAUCGAUUUGGACGGUCAACCAAUUUUCCAGUUGUUUCCAGUUUCCAAGUUUCCAGUUGUUUUGAACGUGGCAGAAGAGAACCGCCGGACCUCGAUGUGCUGCACUCUCUAGAUUCACCAAACAGUCGCACAGACACACUGGAGCAUGGCUUGUCAGCAACCCUUCUUCAAUCCGAGAUUGCCAUUCACUGGCUGUAUCCAGGGAGCUCUGCAUGAGGGGAAGACCAUCACUGUGACAGGGAGAGUCCUGCCAGGAUGCCAGAGGUUUUAUGUGAAUUUGCAAUGUGGCUCAAGAGGAAAUCCCGACAUAGCCCUCCACUUCAACCCCCGAUAUGAUGAAUCCAAAGACGUUGUGAUCUGCAACACCAUGCAGCACUCUAAGUGGGGCCCAGAGGAGCGUGAAUACCCAGCAUCCAUGACCCGGGGGGCCAACUUUACCCUCAUGUUCCUGGUCAACAGAGAUUCAUAUUCGCUGAUUGUGAAUGGUGCUCACUUCAUGGAGUACCUGCACCGGCUGUCGUUCUCCAGAGUGGACACCAUCACCGUGGAUGGGGGAGUGGAGAUCCAAUCCAUUGCCUUCUCCAACCCUGCAGUGACAUCACCUCCUCCCCAACCAGGAUAUCCUGUCCAUCCACACAGUGGUCAACGGAACCGAACCAAAUCUCAUCAAAGUAAAUCAGGUCCCAAAACUCCUCCUCAAUGGUGUAAUGCCACACAGGCUUUCUCGGCUGCGUUUUGCGCCCAAGGACUUUUUCAGACACCCCCUCCAUACACCCCCCAGCCGUCCUUCGUUGUGCCAUAUAAAAAUAUAAUGGUAGGUGGACUUUACCCAGGCAGAAACAUCAUCGUCCAGGGUGUGGUCAACCACAACGCUGAUAGGUUCUAUGUUAACCUGCGUUUCAACUCGGGGGUGGCGCUCCACUUCAACCCCAGGUUUGAUGAGAACACUGUCGUGCGUAAUAGUCUCCUGAAGGAACAGUGGGGUCCAGAGGAGAGGAAAGGGGGCAUGCCCUUCUACAGAGGCCAGCCUUUUACGAUGACCAUUACGUGUGACACCAAGUGCUACAGGGUGAUGGUGAAUGGAGUCCAGAUGUUCAGCUACAACCACCGCCACUUCCUGCUCCAGCAGAUAGAUAUCCUGGAGGUGGAAGGGGACGUGAGCCUGUCCUCUGUGGUGUUCUAAGUAAUGACUCUGUCCUCUGUUAUGGUUUGAGUCACAUACACUGGGGUCAAAGGUCAACAGGGGUAGGAUCUGAUCAGGACAUUAUAAAGACCGAUGGGUGAGAAAUCAUCUCUUCUGUGUGUGGAUGUUUUGCUAUGUGGCUGAUGGCGAAUGUUGAUAUCAUGUUGGGAAAGAUGUUUUCAUCAAUAUUUGUAUCUCUUUCAUAAACUAUUUCAUUUAGAGUAGACUAUGUAAAAUAUUGUCUUCUAUUUAUCACAUUCCACAUACUUACUGUAUGUCCGUUCUCUCUGUACCGACAAUGUUUCUACAUCAAAUAAACUUCAAUAUUGGAACUAA